AUGGACAGUGUGUAUACAGGUGUGAGGCGUCUGGAGCCAGAAGAAAGGGCUGAGAAGAGCUCAUCUGACAGCAAUGAAGUAUCCAAGCUUAGCAACCUUGGGAGUGGAAACGGGCUUAUGGCAGAGAUGCAAAGAAAACCCAGGUACCCGGAAGAGGACAAGGAGACCGCGAAGGGUCGAGAACAAAUCGUCUCAGUGAAGAGUAACAGCAAGCACUUAGUGAAAUCUAACAUCCAGAAGAUGCACUCACACAAGUGGUCAGGGCACAUGCUUGUGAGGCUGAAAGGCAAACAGCACCAAAGGUCCAAGGCGUCCCGCCGAGAGGCGCACCAGGCCACAGUUCUAGUCAGAGAAGCUGCCUCAUCUAAAUCUAGUAGAGCAAGCACCCCCGGACAGGCCUCUGGUCUCUAG